AUGGAGGACAAGUACCUGCCGGAGCUCAUGGCCGAGAAGGACUCGCUGGACCCCUCCUUCACGCACGCCCUGCGGCUGGUGAACCGAGAAAUAGAAAAGUUUCAGAAAGGAGAAGGAAAGGACGAAGAGAAGUACAUUGAUGUGGUGAUUAAUAAGAACAUGAAGCUGGGACAGAAAGUGUUAAUCCCCGUAAAACAGUUCCCUAAGUUCAACUUUGUGGGGAAGCUUCUGGGUCCACGUGGCAACUCUCUGAAGCGUUUACAAGAAGAGACCUUGACCAAAAUGUCCAUCCUUGGCAAAGGCUCCAUGAGAGACAAGGCAAAGGAGGAGGAGCUGAGGAAGAGCGGGGAGGCCAAGUACUUCCACCUCAACGAUGACCUCCACGUCCUCAUCGAGGUGUUCGCCCCGCCCGCCGAAGCCUACGCCCGCAUGGGCCACGCGCUGGAGGAGAUCAAGAAGUUCCUCAUCCCUGACUACAACGACGAGAUCCGCCAGGCGCAGCUGCAGGAGCUCACCUACCUGAACGGGGGCUCCGAAGGCGCGGACGCCCCCGCAGCCCGAGGGAAGUCCGCCUCGCGCACCAGAGGCGCCCCGACCCCCACGGCAGCCAGGGGCAGGGGAGGCGCCGCCGCCCGGCCCGUUGGUGUGGUGGCCCCCCGAGGGGCAUCGGCGUCCAGGGGAGUCCUCUCCACCCGAGGGCUGGUGAGUCGGGGACGAGGCCUUCUCACCCCCAGAGCAAGAGGAGUCCCCCCAACCGGGUACAGACCUCCACCGCCUCCCCCGACGCAGGACACGUAUGGCGAUUACGACUACGAUGACGGCUAUGGCACCGCGUAUGACGAGCAGAACUACGACUCCUACGACAACAGCUACAGCACCCCGGCCCAGAGCGGCGCUGACUACUACGACUACGGACACGGGCUCAGCGACGAGACGUACGAUUCCUACGGGCAAGAGGAGUGGACGAACUCGAGACACAAGGCCCCCUCGGCGCGGACGGCGAAGGGCGUCUACCGGGACCAGCCGUACGGCCGCUACUGA